AACUACAUUCAUUACUAGAAUCAUCUAGAGAAAAAAGAAUAUUACAGAUAGGUGCAGCAUCUUGUAAAGAUAUAAAAUUUUCAUUGGAUAUGUUGCAACUAAUAGGUAAUAAACAAAAUCGCGAUGCAAUUAAACAAAACACACCGCAUUCUCAACAAAAAGAACAAAAGAAACAAUUAUUAACAAUAGAACAAAAAAAAAAUUUAGACU